CUUGCCCUGGGAUUCGAGAGGAGACCGCGAGGGCGGACGGAGUGCUGGAAGCAGCGAGCGGCGGAUGCCCCGGAGCGCUCUCGCCUCUGCCGCGCGCGCUGUGGUGCUGGUGGGGGUCAUGGAGCUCGCGCCUGUCAGCGCGGAUCCGGAGACCGGAAGACAUCCGACUGCCGCGGGCCACGAAGCAGCACGGCCGUGGGUGAGGAAGCCCUGGCCCUCCUCCGUGCCCUCCUCCUCCGCGCCUUCCUCGUCCUCCGCGCCCUCGUUGUCGUCGUCGUCGUCGUCCACCUCCUCGUCGUCACAGCGGGAGAAGCGGAACGCGCAUGAUGUGCCGUCGCAGAGGGUGCACUUCAUCCUGGGCGUGGAGGAUGAGGAGGAUGAGGAGCAGCAGAAGGAGGAGGAGCAGCAGCAUCAUGACCUCUUCAUCGAGAUGCUGGAGCUGAGCUGUAAGGAGGGACACGAGGGCGAGUGGCAGGAGACCGCCAGGUGGCUGAAGUUCGAAGAGGACGUGGAGGAUGGUGGCGAGCGCUGGAGCAAGCCCUUCGUGGCGACGCUGUCACUGCACAGCCUCUUCGAGCUGCGCCGGUGCCUGGAGCGCGGCAUCGUCGUGCUUGACGCGACAGCGUCCACCAUGGAAGAACUGGCCGGGGCGAUACUGGGCGACCCGGCGGCGGCGGCGGCGGUGGAGGGGGUGGUUGGGGUGGGGUGCGUGGCGGGCGACAAGGCGCUUCGGGAGCGGCUCCUCGGCAUCCUCCUCAGGCCGCCGCGGCACCAGAGCGAGAAGAGGCUGAGCAGCAGGAUCCCCAUUGUGCGCUCCAUCGCGGACAUCGGCAAGAAGUACUCGGAGAGCCAGUUCCUCGACCGCAGCGGACACGCGGCGCUGCUGACGUCGCCCCUCGUGGAUGGGGAGACGCGGAGCGGCGUGAGCAGAGAGAACUCGAACGUGGACUUCAGCAAGGUGGAUCUCAGCUUCCUGCGGAAGAUCCCACCGGGGGCGGAGGCAGCCAACGUGAUGGUGGGCGAGGUGGACGCCCUGGCAAGCCCCCUCGUGGCCUUCGUGCGCCUCUCCCGGGCCGCCCUCAUCCCCGGUCUCACUGAGGUGCCGCUGCCCACGCGAUUUUUGUUCCUGUUGCUGGGCCCGCCGGUACGAGGCGGCCGUCCUUACCGUGAGAUCGGUCGCUCCAUCGCCACGCUCCUGUCGGACGAGGUGUUCCACGCUGUGGCCUACAGGGCGCAGGGGCGGCACGAGCUGCUGCUCGGGAUCGACGAGUUCAUGGAGCAGGUGCUGGUGCUGCCCCCCGGCGAGUGGGACCCGUCCAUCCGCAUCGAGCCCCCCAAACACCUGCCAUCGCAGGAGAAACGGAAAACUUCGCCGGUGACCAAUGGAACCGGAGUCGGGGUGGAGCCCAAAGCUCCCGAGCACAGCCUGGGACCUGAGCUCCAGCGCACGGGCAGGCUCUUUGGGGGGCUCGUCGGGGACGUGCGGCGGAAGGCGCCGUGGUACUGGAGCGACGUGCGCGACGGCACGAGCCUGCAGUGCGUCGCCUCGUUCCUCUUCCUCUACUGCGCCUGCAUGUCGCCCGUCAUCACCUUCGGCGGCCUGCUGGGAGAGGCCACCGACGGCUCCAUCAGUGCCAUGGAAUCUCUCCUGGGAGCCUCCAUGACCGGCCUGGCCUUCUCCAUAUUCGCGGGGCAGCCUCUCACUAUCCUGGGCAGCACAGGCCCAGUACUCGUCUUUGAAAAAAUCCUCUUCGGAUUCUGCAAGGCACACGGCUGGUCGUACCUGUCGCUGCGCGCGUGCAUCGGCCUGUGGACGGCGUUCCUCUGCCUGCUUCUCGUGGCCACGGACGCGAGCUCGCUCGUGCGCUACAUCACGCGCUUCACCGAGGAGGCCUUCGCCGCGCUCAUCUGCGUCAUCUUCAUCUACGAGGCGCUGGAGAAGCUCGUACGCCUGGGCGAGGAGUACCCCGUGAACCCCCGCGUGGACCUGCAGCGGCUCACGCACUACUCGUGCGCGUGCGUGGCUCCCGCGGAACCCAGCAACGAGACGCUGCGCCUGUGGGAGCACCACAACUUGACGGGGAGCGCCAUUCCCUGGGGGAACCUCACCGUCAGCGAAUGCUUGCGCCUGGGUGGGGGGUUCGUGGGAGCGGCGUGUGGCCCCGGCGGCCCCUACGUGCCGGACGUGCUGCUCUGCUCCGUGCUCCUCUUCUUCUCCACCCUGCUCUUGUCCUCCUUCCUCAGGCGCUUCAAGACCAUGAGAUACCUGCCCACCAAGGUACGUGCCGUGGUGAGCGACUUUGCGGUGUUCCUCACCAUCGUGAGCAUGGUGCUGGUGGACGCCAUGCUGGGCAUCCCCACCGCCAAGCUCCACGUGCCCAGCGCCUUCAAGCCGACUCGAGACGACCGAGGCUGGCUCAUCGACCCCAUCGGGCCCAACCCCUGGUGGUCGUCGCUGGUGGCGAUCGCCCCGGCUCUGCUCUGCACCAUCCUCAUCUUCAUGGACCAGCAGAUCACGGCGGUCAUCAUCAACAGGAAGGAGCACAAGCUCAAGAAGGGCUGCGGCUACCACCUGGACCUGCUGUGCGUGGCCGUCAUGCUGGCCGUGUGCUCCGUCAUGGGGCUGCCGUGGUUCGUGGCGGCCACGGUGCUGUCCAUCUCGCACGUCAACAGCCUCAAGCUCGAGUCGGAGAGCGCCGCGCCCGGCGCUCAGCCGUGCUUCCUGGGCGUGCGCGAGCAGCGCCUCACCGGGGUGCUCAUCUUCCUGCUCAUGGGCUGCUCCGUCUUCAUGACCAGCGUGCUCAAGUUCAUCCCCAUGCCGGUGCUCUACGGCGUCUUCAUGUACAUGGGACUCUCCUCCCUGCAGGGCAUUCAGUUCUUCGAGCGGCUCAAGCUGUACGGCAUGCCGGCCAAGCACCAGCCGGACGUGGCCUACCUGCGGCACGUGCCCCUGCGCAAGGUGCACCUCUUCACCUUCAUCCAGCUCGCGUGCCUCGCGCUGCUCUGGGCCGUCAAGGCCUCCCCCGCCGCCGUCAUCUUUCCCAUCAUGGUGGUCGCGCUGGUGUUCGUGCGCAAGCUCAUGGAGCUCUGCUUCUCCAAGCGGGAACUCGGCUGGAUCGACGACCUCAUGCCGGAGAGCACCACGAGCGGCAGAGCGGCCGACGGUAAAAGCCAGGAGGUGAAGGGAAAGGUUCCUGAGCCGGUCGUGGGGGUGACGGUCAUAGCACCGGACGUCUGGAGCGGAGAGAAAUCCCAGCAAGUCCACCAGCAGCACAGAAAUGACAGCGCUGAUGUGUGCCGCAGCCUGGUAUCAAACUCGGGUGACCAGGACUGCCGGGCAGCGUGCAAGGCCACGGCGUGA